ACUAAAACUUCUCUCUUCCUGACCAUUUUUAGUCCUUGUUUUGGUUGGUUUCUCUUUCUUUGACAUUGAAGUUUCAACUUUGAACCAUGUGGCCUUCAGCCAGCAGGAACAACAAUACUAGUUGUUCCCGUUCACCUUCAAAAUCAAAAUCUACCUCCUCCACUUGUUCAUCUCCGGCACCUUUCUCUCCAUCUUAUUCUUCUCCAACCAGAACAACCAUGGAAGAAGUUUGGAGAGAUAUCAGCUUAUCUUCUCUGGACGACCAUUCCAACUCAAUCCUCUCUAAUAACAUUAACAAGUACAGCAACAACCGACGUUCAAACUAUCCCAGUUUGAUACUUCAAGAUUUCUUGGCUAGACCCUUCAACAAUGACCCAUCACCUAGACGUCCCUCUUCUGAACCAAGUUUUCCUUUGAAGUCUCCUCUUGCCACCAUGCUCAGCUUAAAUUCUGGCUCUGCUUGUUCAGAUGUUCAACACCCGGAAAGUGGUUCAUGUCCUGCAAGACCUAACCAAAAGUUAAAUGGUCAUCACAGUUCAGGAACUUGCUCUCUUGGUUGUUCUCACAACUCUGUUCUAGAUGCUACGGGUUCUCCAACAGUGUUUCCUCCAUAUUGCAAGAAAAGGGUCUCAGAAAAAGACGAAUAUUCUGAAGAGCGGCGACAUAAGCGCAUGAUCAAGAACAGAGAGUCAGCCGCUCGGUCUAGAGCUAGAAAACAGGAAUCUUUUUGUCCUUUCUCACUCUCUUUCAAAUUUUCUUUCUGUGUUUGUGGUUAA